ACGAGACGGAGACGGGGAAUAACGACUUUACCUCCCAGCUUUGACGCUCAUUUUUAUUAAUGGAAAAUCAAAUAUGACCUGUUAGCGGUAUAGUCAGCCGUCCUCCGUGAGGCAAACAAUAAAGCACCAUUUUCCUAAACAGAAUAGCCAAGAUAUCAGCCGUUUCCCACAGUUCCACAUUCCAACGCACACGGGGAAAAUGAAGGCGAAAAACCGUGACCAAAGCUUGUCGGACUCCAGGGAGCUGGACGGAUCCUAUGACCAACUAACGGGUAAUCCUUCCACCAGCCAAAGCAAAAAAACCAUAAAGCAGCGAUUCCUCAAGCUGCUGCCGUGCUGCAAGCCCUCGGCUGCCCCCUCAAUCAGUCAAAACAGCGUGGAAGAUGACUUUGAGUUGUCCACCGUGUGCCAUCGCCCUGAAAGCAUGGACAAGCUACAGGAGCAGACUAAGUUCACCAAGAAGGAGCUGCAGGUCCUCUACAGAGGCUUCAAAAAUGAGUGUCCGAGUGGUGUGGUGAAUGAGGAGAACUUUAAAAACAUUUACUCUCAGUUCUUCCCGCAGGGAGAUUCAAGUAUGUAUGCACAUUUCCUGUUUGAAGCCUUCGACACAAACAAGAAUGGUUCAGUUAGUUUCGAGGACUUUGUCUUUGGCUUGUCCAUCAUCCUCAGAGGGACCAUUAACGACCGGCUAAACUGGGCCUUCAACCUCUACGACCUAAACAAGGAUGGUUGCAUCACCAAAGAGGAGAUGCUGGACAUCAUGAAGUCCAUCUAUGACAUGAUGGGGAAAUACACAUACCCCACUAUGCAGGACGAUGCCCCAAGGGAACACGUGGAGAGUUUUUUCCAGAAAAUGGAUCGGAAUAAAGACGGGGUGGUCACCAUAGAGGAGUUCAUAGAGUCAUGCCAAAAGGAUGAGAACAUCAUGCAGUCCAUGCAGCUGUUUGACAACGUCAUCUAAGAACUGGGACCAGAAAGCACACUGGCACCAGGGAGGGGUGUGUGCAUGUGAGAGAGAGAGAGAGAGAGAUUGAAAGAGAGCGAGAGUUUAUGAAUGUGUGCAUAUAUAUGCUUGGGCAUUCAAGUUUGUGGAUGUCUCUGUUGAGAUCCGUGUGCUGCUGAGUCCAGAGGGCAAUCAGAGGCCCUCUCCCUCUCCCUGGACACCCAGUGGCCAUUCUCCAAGCAACAAAGGAGCUUCCCCAACCCUUUCCUGUCCUGCAGUACCUUAGUUUCCCCCGUGAGACACAGAAAGAAGACAAGAGGCUGGCUCGUAGACACUGACACACCGAAGAACCCUGCCAGUUUUAUUUAAACCUUUAACAUUACUAUUGUUGAUGUGAGAGCUACCGUGGCCUGUAAGGGCUGAAAUCAAAGAGGAAAGAAGUUGCCCCUAAACCCCAGUCUGAGAUCAUUUCUACCUUUUCCCCCAUGAUGGUUGAGAAUUGGAUUAAUUAGGGAUAAGCUGUUCCUGCUUCUGUGCAUGUGGGCAACACCCUCCUGGAGCCAUUUAAUGCCUCAUGCCUCGGUCUUAAAAGUAGAAGCAAAUCUAUUGCCAUCUGGUGGACAAAACAGAGAAAGACACUUGCUAAGGGAACACAGGACCGUAGAGAGAACUGGAGAAUAAUUCCAUUUCAGACAGAGGUGCAAAAGCAUUGUUUUCAAAAAGGAACUGAUUUUAAUAUCGCAUGAAGAUGUCAUUAAUAUCCAAUUAUGUAUUUACAGAGAUACUCCAAAGUCUGCCUGUCUGUCUGCUGUUCCUAGUCAUUCACAGGUGCCUCACCCCUUGUGUAUGUGUGUGUGCAUGUGUCAACAGAAAGAGAGAGAUGUCAUCCAUCUUACCUGUGGAAGACUAGUGGGAAUACAUUCACCUUCCUUUAUGAAAUAACUUACGGUAGGAUACUCCCUGGCCUUCCAAACCUAUUACAAUCCUAGCUGUAGGUAUCUGUUGACUGUUGUACCUCUCUAGUAUUCCAAGUGGUGUAAUAUUAGCCCAGUGCUAGGUGGGAUUGCACUAUAGUUGACAAGCUGUUUUGAAACCCCACAGUCUCUCAAAAUGGGAUUGGCAUGCCACCGUCGUACUAGUCUAUCAAUAUACAUUCAAAGGGAAUUUAUUAGAUUACAGAUCGUAUUUGUGAAAAGUUAUGUACUCCAAAACAUGUCGUGGUUUCAGCAGGUUCUAUCACUCGGGAAAAAAAAAAAUUAAUACCCCUGUUACAUUAAAUUAAUUCAAGUUCACUCACUCAAAGAGGCAUGCGUGUGUAUUGUUAGCGAGAGAGAAAUGGUUUGAUAUGUUUGUUGUUGUUUCUUCCCCCGUGGCCCCAGCCAUUCCCAUAGUCUCUCUCUCUCUCUAUAACACCAAAGAGACAGACACAAAUCAAAAAGGUAUUUUCAGCUCAGUUCCAUCAUGGUAUAUAGCCCCAUAUGUGGAUGAAGAGAGAGGGAGAUACUGUAUUGUUGGGCAAGGGGCAAUCAGAGUUGAAAUAGGAUGUAAUCUGGUCAGCUGAGUGUGUUUUAUCUGCACGUUGUCCAAUCCUCCCUGUAAUUCUAGGUUGCUGGCCCCAACAUUUGGCUCUGACAAUAAUGACUGCCUUGUUAAGAGAACUCACAGACACUUAUCCCUUUGCCUCCUUUCAUAUAAGAACCAGACCUGAAUCUGAGAUGGAAUGCAAGAUGGGUACAACAGGCCCUUAAAUCACUAUGUGGCAGACUAUGAGGUCUUUUGAAAGCAGACACGAACUUGGACAAGCAAUAAUGUUUUCUACAAUCUAUCCCCAUCUUUCCACUCAUUCCACCUUUCAUUUUCUGACAUGGCAGUAUAUGAGUAAAUAAUGGUGGGAUAAGGCACAAUAUGCACUUCUAACCCUGUAAUUUGUUAUUUCUGUUUUCCCCACAUAUUUUCACUCUGUCCUUAUUUUGGGGAAAAGAAGGGUCUGGCUCUGAUUGUUCCUUGCCGGCAGACAUAGUUUUUCACUUCCAUUCCUUACCAUGAGUAAAACCUGUCUAUACCCGCAUGUACUGUGUCUAGAGCAAUGAAAACCUACUAACCCGUUGUACUGACUGUGUCUAGUUAGCUAGCCUCAACUGGUUGCAUUGCAUAUUCAAAAUGUGUAUAUUUUGUACAGAGACAAUAAAAAUCACAGUUGCUAUG